UUUGUUUAUUCGUUUUCGUUGUUGUCCUUGCUUACUUUAAGCUCAGCAAAGCAACUUAAUUGCACUUUAUCGAAAAGUGUACUUCAGAAACUAAGUAAAGUUAAACAUGGAUGAUGAAGCUGAAACUUACAAGCUUUGGAGGAUUAGAAAAACUGUAAUGCAGUUGUGCCACGACCGAGGUUAUCUUGUCACUCAAGAUGAGUUGGACCAAACAUUAGACCAGUUCAAGGACCAGUUUGGUGAUAAACCUAGUGAAAAGAGGCCUGCAAGAGGGGACCUGAUUGUAUUAGUAGCGCACAAUGAUGACCCUACAGAUCAGAUGUUCGUCUUUUUCCCUGAUGAACCGAAAAUUGGAAUCAAAACAAUAAAAACAUACUGCCAACGUAUGCAAGAGGAAAACAUCCAUAGAGCGAUAAUUGUUGUGCAAGUUGGUAUGACUCCUUCUGCCAAACAGUCACUUGUAGACAUGGCCCCUAAGUAUAUCUUGGAACAUUUCUUGGAGUCUGAACUUCUGAUCAACAUUACCGAACACGAGCUGGUGCCAGAACACGUUGUACUUACUCCUGAGGAGAAGCAAGAACUGCUCCAUAGAUACAAUCUGAAAGAAAACAAUUUGCCCCGGAUUCAAACCGGGGACCCAAUUUGUCGGUAUUUUGGGCUGAGGAGGGGGCAGGUUGUAAAAAUCAUUCGCUCGUCGGAAACUGCUGGAAGAUACAUCUCCUACCGCCUGGUGUGUUAGUUCACUUUUAUACAUGUGUUUUUUUAUUCUUUUAUCUUUACGUAUGAGAAUCAACAAGAGUGACUGUAGGUCUACUGUACAUAUAUUUUCUAAGUUGAGAGACAUUUACGAAUAAAUUGGUUGUAUUGAA